AUGAAUCGUGACAAAGGCGAAAGUCCUGACGUAGGCACCCUCACCGGAGAAGAAGUGGCCAAACACAACUCGAAAGAGUCAUGUUGGGUUAUCGUCCACGGAAAGGCCUAUGAUGUGACAGAGUUUCUACCGGAGCAUCCUGGCGGUUCCAAGAUCAUUCUCAAGUAUGCUGGCAAAGAUGCCACUGAAGAAUUUGACCCCAUCCACCCCCCCGAUACACUGGACAAGUAUCUGCCUCCAGAGAAACAUCUGGGUCCCGUCAACAUGGAGACCGUCCAGCAAGAAGAAAAGGAAGAGACUCCCGAGGAAAAGGCAAGACAAGAGCGUAUUAAGAAUAUGCCACCUCUCGAAGCGUGCUAUAAUCUCAUGGAUUUUGAAAGUGUCGCAAGACAGGUGAUGAAGAAGCCGGCCUGGGCAUACUACAGCUCGGGUGCCGACGACGAGAUCACCAUGCGAGAAAACCACUCGGCCUUCCACAAGAUCUGGUUCCGGCCCAGGGUGCUGAUUGACGUGGAAAAGGUGGAUACCAGCACGACUAUGCUCGGGACAAAAUGCGACAUCCCUUUCUAUGUCACCGCAACGGCACUGGGGAAGUUGGGCAAUCCCGAGGGGGAGGUCGUCCUGACAAGAGGAGCAAAGAAGCACAACGUUAUCCAGAUGAUCCCGACCUUGGCCUCUUGCAGUUUCGACGAGAUCUGCGACGCUCGGGAAGGCGACCAAUGCCAGUGGCUUCAGUUGUACGUCAACAAAGACCGGGAGAUCACGAAGAAGAUAGUCCAACAUGCAGAAGCACGAGGCUGCAAAGGUCUCUUCAUCACGGUCGAUGCUCCCCAGCUGGGCCGACGAGAGAAGGACAUGCGCAGCAAGUUUGACGACACUGGCUCUAACGUCCAGAAACAGAGCGGCGAGAACGUUGACCGAUCACAAGGUGCCGCUAGAGCUAUCUCGAGCUUUAUCGAUCCUAGUCUCAGCUGGAAAGACAUCCCCUGGUUCUUGAGCAUUACCAAGAUGCCCAUCAUCCUCAAGGGUGUUCAGCGCGUUGAGGACGUGCUGAAGGCUAUCGAGGCGGGUGUCCACGGCGUUGUCCUUUCCAACCACGGCGGUCGCCAGUUGGAUUUCGCCCGUUCUGGCGUCGAAGUCCUUGCCGAAGUCAUGCCCGUGCUCCGAGAGAGAGGUCUGCAAGACAAGCUCGAAAUCUUUAUUGACGGAGGUGUUCGUCGAGCAACGGACAUUAUCAAGGCUUUGUGCUUAGGUGCCAAGGGUGUAGGAAUUGGCCGACCAUUCCUGUUCGCAAUGUCGGCCUAUGGACUGCCCGGCGUGGAUCGAGCAAUGCAGCUGUUAAAAGACGAGAUGGUAAUGAACAUGAGGCUUAUCGGUGCUUCCAAGGUGGAAGACCUGACGCCUGACAUGGUCGACACGGCCGGGUUGAGGUACCAUACGUCGACCGUCCCGCAGGACACUCUCGGAAUCCGAGCCUACGAUCCUCUGAUCACACCUCACGAGAUGCUUAAGGCGAGACUUUGA